AAUCAAAGAAGACGUAGCAGGAAGUGUAUGUUCAUGGGUGCCAUGCGUUGCUGUUCACUCGUUCAUUUAUUCUUGAAACGACAACUUUAGCUCCAUUACAUAUUGUAGUUUCUCACGGAACACGGACAUCAUUGUUUUUUAGGAUACGAUUAAUGAUCUCUCCCAAAUAAACCAUAGACGAAAACUGUGGUGUCUCUGCACGCAAACAGUUAAUGUUAACGCUAGCUAGCUAACGUAGAAAUCGCGCUAAAGUUGUUUUGAAAAUCACAUAAUAAAAUUCAAGUGCGUUAUCUGAAUGAAAAGUGCAGUAGAUACUAGCAUGAUCAAGGAAAACCGAUGGAAUAUACCCCCCAAUGCUCCAGCAUGCAUGGAGAAGCAUCUGUGCUCGGCGCAAUACAGAGCCGAUGGCACUCUGGUGCUCGGUGCCUCCAGUCUCACUGGCAGGACCUGGCAGGGAUCUGUGUGGAUCUAUAGUGACCCUGCGCAGGCCCCCAAUGAGGAACUCUGCAAAGCUGGUGUGCAGACUGAGACUGGAGUCACAGAUGUCAAAUGGGUAUCAGAAAAGGGUGUUGUUGUCGCGUCAGACUCGGGUGCCUUGGAGCUAUGGGAACUGGCAGAGGACGAGCGCCUGCUGGUGAAUCGUUUCACCAAACAUGAGCAUGACCACAUUGUCACCACAGUGAGCCCAGUUACUGGACAAAGCAGUGCUGUCACCGGCAGCAUGGACUGUCGAAUUAAAGUCUGGGAUCUUAGUCAGGAGACGGUUGUCACUACCUACAAUGUGCACACACAGCCAGUCAGUUGUGUUGCCUGCAGUCCUACAGACGAGUCUCUCUUCAUCUCCUGUAGUCAAGAUGGUCGUGUGCUGAUGUGGGACAGGAGGAAGCCAAACAAACCAGCCUCUAGAAUUGAUGUAGAGUCCCCCAUCUGCUCCCCUACCACUGUAGCUUGGCACCCCCACCACAGAAGCACCAUUGCUUUUGGUGAUGAGCUGGGCAGAGUGACUGUGAAGGAUUUCCUGGGAACAGACCCGGCUCGGGUGGAGAACAUCCACAGCCGCAGAGUUAACGGGCUAGCCUUCUCUACACAUAGUGCCUCCAUGCUAGCCUCCACAAGUGAUGAUUGUUCCCUCGCAGUUCUGAACUCUGAACUGCAAGAAAUACUUAGAGAUCGACGACACCAGGACUUUGUCAAAGCUGUGUGCUGGCUCCACGGUGGCUCCAACACUCUCACAACCGUAGGCUGGGAUCACCUUGUACUUCACCACACGGUGGAUCCGGCUGCUGGAGCUCCCAACUCCUCCUCUUAGACCCAACAGAUGCUUGGAAGAGCACGGUUUAAAAUAACUACUUUCCCCCCCUGUUUUUGAGGGGUGUCCAUGUGUAUCCAAAAAGUUAAAUACAAUAUAUCAUUCAGGAAAUAAAGUGUUUCAUUGCCAUUAAGUAAUCCAGAUAUGUGCACAAUAUUUGGACUUUUGCUCUGCCAGUCCUUGCCUUGGUGCAUUACUACGCCACUCUGUGAUAUGGUCUCUCUCUAUCCACUUCUUUCAUACUAUAUAUCAUUUCCAUGUGUUAUUACACUUGAGGCAACCGAUUUGUAUUGCAUAAUUUUACAUUAAAGCUAACUUAAUGUUGUGAUAGCAAGAA